GCGGUCCAGCCAGCCAUCUCCUCGGCCCUGUUCUGCUUCGGCAGAUGGGAAUUGUGAAGCAGAGAAUAGCCGCAUGGUGGAGGAGGUUUACUACUUGCUUGCACCAUGGAACCCUAGGAGGACUGGAGGAGAGGGGGCGGGUGUUGUGGCCGACGCCGUGCCCAGCGCGCGGGCGAUGAGGAACAACAGCUGCGGUUGCGCCGCUCAGCCGCUGCCGGUGGCUGAGCAGGUGACUUUGGUAAUCAACCUUGAACCCUCUUCGUCUUUUCAUCCAUUUAACUUUUGGUUGGGGAUUUGGGAUUCCGCAACAGGACUCCAUAAAUUAACGGAGGGAGUAUCAUGAUCUCACCCGUUAUGUUUGAUUUCAACUAUUUGUGUUGCAAUUAUGCCUGAUUCCGGACUUAAAUUGUACUGGUCAUCAUAGAUACGGUGAAUGUGAAUCUGUUGUAUAAUACAAUAUCCUUGUACCUGCGGCUGAGCUGUGGCUGUGUGCACCCCGAGGUGUCCUUUUACUAAAUACUCCACUAGUUGUAUCAGACAUUCAAACGUCAAGCGCGUAGGAUGGCCAAGGCAAUAUGUUACUGGAUUAGGUCGCGUUGGAUGCUUUCUUUUUGUUUGGUGUAGAUGAACCCCAGAUCUAGCUGACUAGCUUAAGGGCGUAGUUGGUCAGGGCUUGCUGGAUUUGUCUUUUAUUUUGUAAAAUAGUAGCCUCCCAAGUCUAAAGUCUCAACCGCCAGGUUGUAUGUAUAGUGGACAUGUAUUCUAAACAAGUAAGCAACCGAAUAAGUGUAGCAAAAUAUAUUGUUGAUUGUUUGACUUCGUUACAAACAAAAAGGAGCUUGCAAGGAAGUUCCGUUAGCAUCCAUGGCCCUGUGUAUAUGAGGAGUUGAGGAUGGAACAUAGCCAUGGUAGCUAUACAAAUGCGUUUCAUUUCGACUCAUUCAGCCAGAGUAUAUGGCAGCAAGGCACAUUCCACACACAAUGGACCAUAAAUUGCUCAAAGCUGCUGCCACAGGCGAUGCAGACCUAUUAGAACAAGUUCUAGGCUUGCAGCCCCCAGCAGCAGCAGAGCAGGGAGCAGAGUGCUGCCUAAAAGGUGUCACAGCAGAGGGCAGCUCGGCUCUCCACAUUGCAGCCAGCUGCGGGUACCUGGAGCUCGUCAAGAUGGUCUGCGCUCGGGACAUCUCGCUUAUUAAGGCAAGGAACAAUCUGCUCGAUACACCUCUGAUUUGUGCUGCGAGGGCUGGGCAUGUGGAUGUGGCCAAUUACCUCAUGGACUGUGCUAUGGAUGAGCAAGAAGAUUUGAGGGCGAGGAAUUUGGAUGGGGAGACCGCGAUGCAUGAGGCGGUCAGGAAUGGCCAUUUGCACGUCUUGCAGGGACUCAUGUCAAGGGAUAGUGGGCUGGCUGGAGUAGCAGAUGAGAAUGGUGUGUCUCCGCUUUACUUGGCGGUUGCGUCCAAUCGGGCUGACAUGGUCAAAGUCUUGAUUGGCAAAUCUUCUAAUCCCGAGACAUCGUUGUGCUACUCCGGGCCAGAUGGACAAACUGCAUUGCAUGCUGCGGUCUACGUCAGCAGAGAAAUAUUUGAGUCUCUGCAAAGUUGGAAACCAGAACUUGCCAGAGUGGUCGAUGGUCAUGGAAGAACUGCCCUUCACUAUGCUACAGUAGCAAAAAACCUUGGACCAGUGAAACUUUUAUUGGCAAACAGCUCCCUUGCAUAUUUUCCAGAUAAUGAGGGUCUAUAUCCUGUGCACAUUGCCGCUAUAGAGGGAAAUGCUAAUGUUGUCUGCAAGUUCAUGGAAAUAUGCCUGAACUAUGAUGAGUUGCUUGACAACAAACGCAGAAAUAUUCUACAUUGCGCUAUUGAACAUGGCAGGGUUCAGGUGGUGUGGCACAUCUGGAGAAGCCCAAAGUUUGUGAGGAUGAUGAACGCAAGGGAUGAUGAAGGAAAUACAUCCCUACAUCUGGCUGUAAAGCAUGGACGCACAAUGAUAUUCUCGUUUCUUAUGAUGGAUACCAGGGUGAAUCUCGACAUUAUGAACAAUGAGGGUUUAACACCUCUAGAUGUUGCCUUCAGUAAGAUACAGAGUGAUUAUACAUUUUCAUCGUUCAUGAAUACUUCCAUCAUCACAUGCUUAACCCUCUGUGAAGCUUCAGGAAGCCCAUGCCACCAGGCUAGAAAUCUGACAGAUAAGUGGUGCUCAGAAGGAAAGAAGGAAUUAGGCAGUUACGCUAAUGUGUCCCAGAGCAUUUUAUACAUCUCUAUAUUUAUCAUAGUUGGUUCACUGGCUGCUGCUUCUACUCCACCUGGGGGCUACAUUGCAGAAGGCAAGGAUGCUGGCAAGCCAGUAUUCGAAGGGAGAACUGGUUUCUGGAUAUUCGUUAUUGCAAACACCAUGUCGUUCUAUCUCUCCACAGCGACGAUAUUUCUGUUCGUGUUUGCCAGACUAACAAGGCAUCGCCGGUUUUACCUCAUUUUGUCUGCUGUACUGGUUUUUGGAGCGGUUCUGUCCAUGGUAAUCGCAUUUGCGAUAGUAGUAGGGCUAACAUUGGACCCUGCAAACGGCUGGGACGAGUCUAUUCUUAUUUGGCUGGUCUCAAAUUUAGCAUUUCCGAUAUGUCUGCGAGUCGCAAUGCAAUUGUGGAUGAGCAAACACCGCUGGCAGGACAUAUCUAAAGUAGUAGCUCAAACUAUCCUGCUAAUUUAUGUGGUCCGAGCUUUGAUCAUUUCCAUGCAAUCCCUGGUUAAAAGCGUACUGCCUGGGAGACAGGGACCCUGCAGCUGGCCUGGAUGUGUGAUCCAAGGUGAUGCAGUUCUCUUGUACCCCACUUGAGGCUCAUGAAAUCUCCUCUGCAGGUGGUGAAAUCGCCCAGUACAAGUGUACGGCAUUAUUGCUCUUCUCAGCUCUUCACAGCAAGAUCUGUUCAGUAAUAGCAGCUGUAAUUGUACUCUCGAAGUUCUACACAUUCGCAAUGCUUAAGUUUGACAUAGUUGUUUGUAACAGGUUUGAUUUUCAUCUUGUAUUCUUGUAUUAAAACUGUGCUGGUGGUGUAAUGGACGCAAGGUUAUGCUUUUCCAUAGUAGCAAAGAUUGGGGGUCAAGUUUUACCA